AUGGUCUCCGUCGACGUGAGAGGCACCGGUGCAUCCUAUGGGCCUCGUCCUAUCGAUUUGGUGGCUCGUGAGGUUCAAGAUUAUGUGGAAGUUGCCGAAUGGGUUCAUGAACAAUCUUGGUGCAACGGGAAAGUGGGUUCUGGAGGGAUCUCCUAUGAUGGGAUCACUGCUGCUUUGGCGGCUGCGGCUUCCAAGAGACUGGUGCAGGCCAUUGUCCUCCUCUUUGCUCCAGGUGAUUUGUUUGAGGAUCUUUGCUUUCCCGGAGGCAUUGUCAACACUGGCCUCCUUUUUGAUGGCACCAUGCACGUGGACAACGAGGAAGCUCAACUGGUGGAAGCUGUUGCCCAACACGACAACCUUAACAUGCUGGCAUCGGCCAAAAAGGUCCAAGCCAAAGAUUCCAUUGUCAAGGCGAACAAUGGCCAGUGGUACUCGAUGGCCUCCUUAGGAAUCACCAGAGAAACAUUUGACUGUCUGAUCCAAAAUGAUGUUGCAGUCUACUCGCUAGCAGGGUACUAUGACAGUGGGUCCUUUCGAUCCUCCGCUCGAUUGCACAAUUACACGUUUUACACCUUUUAA